UGCAACCCUUCAAUGGGCGCAUGCGCAGUGCUGCUCCAAUCGACCAUAUGCGCUAAGCAGUGACUACACACAGCGGUGCUAAAGUGGGGAAAUAAUUACAGAGUAAUCAUGGGAAAGAAACAGAAAAAUAAAGGAGAUGACGGUGCCAAAGACGACGGUGUUGACAUUGAUGCCUUAGCAGCUGAGAUCGAGGGAGCCGGCGCAGCAAAGGAACAGAGCAAAGGCAAAGGCAAGAAAAAGAAAGGAGGGAAGAAAGAUGACUUUGAUGAGGAUGACAUCCUGAAAGAACUGGAGGAAUUAUCACUUGAAGCCCAGGGUGGAAAAGCAAAAGAACCAGCAAAGAAAUCCGACUCCAUAGAGGACACCGAGGCCGAGCCAGCACCAACCAAGGCGGACAAGAAGAAGGCCAAGAAGGGCAAGCGUGAAGACGAUGAGGGUGAAGAAGCUCCGGGUAAAGACGACAUGGAGAACGAGAGCAGGACGAAAGGCAAAAAGGCACUUGCGGCUCCCGUUGCUGCUUCUGCUGCUUCAGAGUCUGACGACGAGUCGCAAUCCCGACGCAAAGCCAAGGCCAUCAAGAAGGGCGGGCGGAAGGGCGUGUCUGACUCUGAGGAUGACGACGAGGAAGAACGUGCAAAGAAGGGCGGAGGAGGUGAAGAAGAGCAGUCAGAUGACGACUCUCAGGCCGCACGCAAACAGAAGAAGAAGGCAAAAGCGAAAGCAAAGGCCGACAGUGACAACGACGAUCCAGAAGACGACAGCUCCUUCAAGAUGAAGACGGCGGCACAGAAGAAGGCAGAGAAGAAGGAGAGAGAAAGAAAGAAGAAGGAGGAAGAGAGGGCCAAAAUGAAAGCAAAAAAGGAGAAGGAGGAAGAGACCGUUAAGAAGGAUGCAGCCAAGCCUGCAGGAAAAGGUGCAGCCGCUCCACCCUCGGAUGCAAAAAAGACUGAGGUGGAGGAGCUAGACGGGGCGGAAGACCAGGGCGAAGAUGAGGGCGAGGGUGAGAAGAAGAAGAAGGACAAGAAGAAGAAGAAAGGAGAAAAGGAAGAAAAGGAGAAGAAGAAAGGGCCGAGUAAAGCUGCAGUGAAGGCCAUGCAGGAAGCCCUGGCUCGGUUGAAGGAGGAGGAGGAGCGAGCCAAGAGGGAGGAAGAGGAGAGGGAGAGACGCCUGGCCGAGCUGGAGGCGCAGAGGCUCGAGCAGGAGCGACUGGAAGCAGAGAGGAAAGAGAAGAAGAAGCAGAAGGACAAGGAAAGGAAGGAGAGGCUGAAGAAGGAGGGCAAGCUCCUGACCAAGUCCCAGAAAGAGGCUCGAGCCAGAGCUGAGGCCACGCUCCGCGCGCUGCAGGCCCAGGGUGUUGAAGUGCCAUCCAAAGACUCUAUGCCAAAGAAGAAGCCUGUUUACUCUGACAAAAGAAAAAAGAAGCCAACAGCACACACUCCUGAAGAGACCUCAGAAGUAGCUUCACCCACGUCGGAAGUGGCUGAGCCGAUCGCCAUGGCGAUGGACGUGGACGCUUCCAAAGAGGAGCCAGAGGCUGAAACUAAGGCUGACAGUGCAGACCUAGAUGACUGGGAGGCCAUGGCCAGUGAUGAAGAAAGAGAGUUGAAGAAAGUGCACAUCGAAGUGAAGGAGACAGCAGCCACUCAGCCAACCCACAAACCUUCUGCUCCUGCCGAACAGGAGAACGGUAGUGAAGAAGAGGAGGAGGACGACGAGGAUGAUGAAGAGGAGGAUGAAGAGGACGAGAGCGAGGAAGAUGAGGAAGAGGAAGAGAAGGACAGCCAGACAGCAAAGGACAAGAGUGGGAAAGAAGAGAGCUCGGAGUCGAGCAGCGAGAGCGAUUCAGAUGACGAGCGCACCAAAGAGGAGAGGAUGUACGAUAAGGCCAAGAGACGCAUAGAGAAACGGAGACAGGAGAACCUAAAGAACAUUAACGUGGACAAACUGAGAGCUCCUGUGGUCUGUGUCUUGGGGCAUGUAGAUACAGGGAAGACAAAAAUCCUUGACAAGCUGCGACACACACACGUACAGGAUGGCGAGGCAGGUGGAAUCACUCAACAGAUUGGUGCCACCAACGUUCCCUUGGAAACCAUCAUUGAGCAAACCAAGAUGGUGAAAAAUUUUGACAGAGAUAAUAUAAAAGUUCCAGGAAUGCUGAUUAUCGACACACCAGGACACGAGUCUUUCAGUAAUCUGAGAAACAGAGGCAGCUCCCUGUGUGACAUCGCGAUCCUGGUGGUGGACAUAAUGCAUGGACUGGAACCACAAACCCUUGAGUCCAUCAACCUGCUGAAGGAAAAGAAGUGUCCCUUUAUUGUGGCUCUGAACAAGAUCGACCGUCUCUAUGACUGGAAGAAGAGUCCGGACACAGAUGUGGUGGCUACUCUGAAGAAGCAGAAGAAGAACACUAAGGAUGAGUUUGAUGAGCGAGCCAAGGCUGUCAUGCUCGAGUUUGCCCAGCAGGGUUUGAAUGCAGCUCUGUUCUUUGAGAAUAAGGACCCUCGUACUUUUGUCUCUCUGGUGCCCACCUCUGCGCAUUCAGGCGAUGGCAUGGGCAACCUGAUCGCCCUGCUGGUAGAGCUCACCCAGACCAUGCUGGCACGCAGGCUGGCCCACUGCGACGAGCUCCGAGCACAGGUCAUGGAGGUAAAAGCUCUGCCUGGUAUGGGCACAACGAUAGACGUGAUCCUGAUCAACGGGUGCUUGCGUGAGGGCGAGACCAUCAUCGUGCCGGGCGUGGAGGGGCCUAUCGUCACUCAGAUCAGAGGACUGCUGUUGCCACCGCCUCUCAAGGAGCUCCGUGUCAAGAAUCAGUAUGAGAAGCACAAGGAGGUGAAUACGUCUCAGGGAGUGAAGAUCCUGGGGAAGGAUCUGGAGAAGGCUCUGGCAGGCCUGCCGCUGCUUGUGGCUCAUAAAGAGGAUGAGGUUCCUGUACUUAAGGACGAGCUGAUCAGGGAGCUGAAGCAGACGCUGAACGCAAUAAAGCUGGAGGAGAAGGGUGUGUAUGUACAGGCAUCGACACUGGGCUCACUAGAAGCUCUGCUCGAAUUUUUGCGCACAUCCAAAGUGCCUUAUGCUGGCAUUAAUAUCGGUCCUGUUCACAAGAAAGACGUAAUGAAGGCAUCUACAAUGCUGGAGCAUGACCCACAGUACGCAGUGAUACUGGCGUUUGAUGUGAAGAUUGAAAGAGACUCUCAGGAGAUGGCUGACAGUCUGGGUGUGCGGAUCUUUAGUGCCGAGAUCAUUUACCAUCUGUUUGACGCCUUCACCAAAUACAGGGAAGACUACAAGAAACAGAAGCAGGAGGAGUACAAGCACAUAGCAGUGUUCCCCUGUAAGCUGCGCAUCCUGCCUCAGUUCAUCUUUAACUCCAGAGACCCUAUAGUCAUGGGGGUGACUGUGGAGGCAGGUGUACUGAAGACAGGCACCCCGUUGUGUGUACCUAGCAAAGCUUUCGUGGAGAUUGGCAUCGUGACCAGUAUCGAGGUGAACCACAAGCCAGUAGAGACUGCAAAGAAAGGGCAGGAGAUCUGCGUGAAGAUCGAGCCGAUUCCCGGAGAAUCGCCCAAGAUGUACGGUCGACAUUUCGAGGCCGUAGAUAUCAUCGUUAGCAAGAUUACCCGUCAGUCCAUCGACGCUCUGAAGAACUGGUUCAGAGACGAGAUGCAGAAGUCGGACUGGCAGCUAAUCAUGGAGCUGAAGAAAACUUUUGAAAUCAUCUGAGCACACACAAUGACUUUCAAACUGACCUACAUGCUGAGACCACACACACACACACAUACACACACACUUUUGCACACUCCCGAGUUCAUCUGACUACUUCAGUCUAAGUGUUGCUGUUUUUACACACACACACACACACACACACACACAUUCUCUCUGACACACUCUGACACGCAGAGGGUAAGUGUGGGUGUGUACAGGGUCGAAACAUGCUCCUCCCUGUUUUCCCUCCAUCUCCUCCUUUAUGAGUGGUGGAGACAACAGAAAAAGACGAAAAGAGAGGAAAAAAAAAAGUUUUUCUGUGAGAAACUGAAACUAUUACCACUGUUUUUAACAGUGACUGUUAGAGAAACAUUUACACACUAUUCCAAACGUGCCUGUUAUUUCUGAUCGACCUGUUUAGUUUCCCUGGAGCGUGGCGCUGAUUUUACAGAAGCAUUAGAGGAAUAGGGCACCCAAAAAUGCUAACGUGGUUAAUGACCUAUGAAAGCGAACGAGAAGCCGUUAGUACAGCUGUUAUUGAAUGCUAACAGGCUCCUGCUGGCUUUUGUGAAUUAAUAGCAAUGUUAACAUGUUUGGGUUAAGGUGUAGUGCCAGUUUUGCAGGCUCAGUUUCUGCCGGUCUUUGUGUGAACCUUAGUGUCAGUGGUGAUGACGCUCCAUCAAAUCACACACGAUACAUGUGUUCAUUACACCAUAUAGUGUCAGAGAGGGGAAAUGAAGGCAAGUGGGGAUUUCACUUGUCAGACUUGAAAUUGAAAACAUUAAACAAGGAUUUUAGACAUUGAGUAAUUAUGCCUGGUCAGUGUUUUCUUUUUUUUUUUCUUUUUUUUUUUUUUUAAAUAAAGUUCCCCUCAUGGCCCUGCAAUGCAAGUCUUUUAUGGUCCUUUGUGAACUAAACCCACGUUAUGCGGUAUUUGUCGCAAGGCCUUUGCUACUACCCUUGAUGCUGCCUUGUGCCUGUCUUUACUGGGAUUUGUUCAGUUAGUAUAAAUUCCCCCCGAAUGAAAGGAAAAAUCAUUGGUGAUUUAAUUACCAAUAAAGAGAUGGCAUAUUUAUAGGAGUUGUAUGUGAAACAUGAUGUGAGUUUGUCUAGAUGUUUCUCAUUGUGUUUAUCUUCACCUGUUGAAGGGAAAAGCUUUCUGAAACACUGCAUAAAUUUCCAAGGUGGAGAGCAUGGGUUUGAAAUGGUAUACUGGACCAGUGCAUACUGUAUACUACACACUGUUCCUCUCUAUUAAUGUCAUUUAUAGUAUGCAGUAUGAAAGAUUUAAAGGAAACCUCCACCCUGAAACAUGUUUAUAUUGAAAUAACUGUGAUGUGCUUAGUGAUUCUGCAGCUAAAUUCUUGGUGGUGUAUUUUCGUUUUUCUUGUGAGAAGUUACCAGUUUGUCUGCUGUGCUAAUGUCAACAAAUGAACAAGAGCUUCUUUCACCACUCACUAUUCACCAGAGAUGGAUUACCCAGUGGCACUACUGUCAGUGGGCAGUUGAACAGCAUUGUGGGCAAAAAAAAAAGGGGCCAAGUUCAAAAUGGCAAAAUAUUCAGCUUUUAAUGGUCUUAAAUUAAGUUUAAUUGGUCAGACAAUUGUCAAGAAUGAAGCAAAUGCACUCUGAGACUUCCUGUGCCACCAUUUGCUCGUUUACCUUUGCUGCAGUGAACUGUUUGUUUGGGGAAAAGCUAGAAACAGGGAAAUUCAUUCAAUUUAUUUCAUCUUCCUGUAUGCAAAGGUAAAAUCAUGACAAUGAUUAAAAUGUUUGAUGUAAAAUUCAAACUAAUACAUGUCUGGGUUUACAAAACAUUCCAACCGUAUCUUCUGGGAUGAUUUUUUUUUUUUUGUCAUUAUUUGGUUAUCUGCCACACCUUAUCCAUCAAGGGCCACAAGGCUUAAACAUUUAAAGAAAUCAAAAGAAAAGCUCCCAUACGAAGUUCCUUUAUCUAUUUGUUUAAUUCUUGCUAAUUUCCUGACCAGUGAUUUGUUGUUAAGACCAUUAAAAGCUUAAUGUUUUGUCAUUUUGGGCUUGGCCCAUUUUUUUGGCCAGGAGUGUAGGAAAAUGUUAACCAAAGGGGAAAAUAGACCAACAUGUUGAUGGAAAAAAAAAAAAAAGUUUAAACUUCAUUGAGAAUUUAAUCAAAUCUAUUGUACAAACUAUUAAUGAUCAAUAUUGUAAUCAAUUUGUUCAGGGUGGAUUUUUCCCUUUAACAUUUGAUAUGUUACCUAAUAAUAUGACCAUCCAGCUACCAAUUAUUGGUUCCCAAAACAUUGUGGGAACAGAUCUUUGUAGUUCCUUUUCAGUUUCCUAGGGAAGUUUUCUUUAACGUUCAUGUGUUGUGCAUUAUGGUUCAGAGAACAUUCCCCUAAUGUUCUCAUAACUUUUAAACAACCUCAUGGUACCAUGCAAUGGUUUGGAGAAUGUCCUCCUACCAUUCUGGAAACAUUUGAAUUAUUUGAACCCCUUGUGAACCUUGCACAAACCUGGGAGUUGUCAAGAACAUUCCUGUAACGUUAGGGGAACAUGCUCUGAACCAUCCCUAUACAAGCCUGUCUCUAUACUGCUACAAGCCUGAUUGGUUGUCAUAAGGUUCUUGUUACAUAUAUAUCUAAUAAAACAUGAUGGGCACAAAAA